AUGUCGGACAUCAACCGCCCACACCUGCAACGGCAGGAUGAGGAGGAGGAGGCUGGUGUUUUCCGCCUCCCACGGCACUUUCUGCCGCGCCGCUACGACCUUUUCUUCGCGCCGCGCCCCGCCGAGGAGGCGUUUGUCGGCUCUGCCGUCGUGACGAUUGCUGUUGCGGCGUCGCUGCCCGUCCCCACGCGCCGCGUCACGCUACACGCGCUGCAGCUCCGCAUCGACCCACAGCACGUGACGCUGGCGGCAACAGCAGCCGACGGCGAGGCGGAGGGGCAGCACUGCCUCGCCGUGUACAGCGUCCCCGCGGACGAGACAGUCACGCUGGAGUUCGCCGUGCCGCUGCCGAACGGGGUGGGCGACACCUUCGCGCUGCGCUUCUCGCACUUUUCGGGGGCCAUUCAGAAAUCGAAGGUGUCGCGUGGGCUGUUCUUCUCCAACACGUACGACGGGAACUUCCUCGCGACGCACUUCGAGCCGACCAACGCCCGGCGGCUGUUCCCGUGCUUCGAUGAGCCGCCGUUCCGCGCGGUGUUUCAAAUCACGGUGGAGUUCGACGGCCGCUACAUGAUUGUGUCGGGAACGCAGCCUGUGCGGGAGGAGAUCGUGGCGGUCGACGAGGAUGUCUUCGUCGCCUUUUUCGGGCCCGUGGCCUCCACCACACCGUCUCACGGCGGUGGUGGCGGCAACACGGCUGCGGCUGGUGCUGGGGCGUCGGCUUCGACCCCGCCACUGCUGCACACAGCAGCGACCGGCUCUUUGGGUGCCGACGAGGAGGCCACCACGGCUGUACCACAACAGCAGCAAAAUUGCCAUCAUCUUCACCCCUUCUCUCAUCAUAUUCAACAUUAUCAUCAUCAUGAUUAUCAUCAUAUGCAUUCCUGUCAUCUUCAACACCAACAACAGUGCCAGUCGCUCGAUGGUAGUGGAAGCGGCCAGCACCCAUACUUCGUUCGCCGCAUCACCUUUGACGAGACCCCACAGCUCAGCACCUCUGCUAUCGGCUUCAGCACGGGGAAGUUUCACAUUGUGGAGAAGGAGGCGAGUCGACACCGGCUGCUCUGCCGUGUCCUUUUCCCCGCUGAUUUGCAGGUGAACCAGGGAUGGUACGCUCUCGAUCUCCUCACCAAGGCGGUGGACUUCUUCGACGAUUACUACGACUUUCCACUGCCGCUGCAGAAGCUUGACCUCAUCGGCCUGCGCUGCUUCUGCGCACUGGGUAUGGAGAACUGGGGGAUGAUCACCAUGCACCAGGAGNGCUGCAGAAGCUUGACCUCAUCGGCCUGCGCUGCUUCUGCGCACUGGGUAUGGAGAACUGGGGGAUGA